ACCUUUGCCAGCUAAUGAUCUAAACGUCAUGCACUAGUCAAUGCUCUUCCCGUUUUCCUCAUUCCAUGCCCGAAAGUUCGUUAUUUUUGUGAAAAGAAAAAUAUUACGCAAUAUAAUAGUUUUCAGGGCAACUUUUUAGUUUAAGGUGCGAGAAUGAGUGAGAGUGAGAUAUUGAAUGCAAGCGAUGAGAAGGAGCGCAAGCAGAGCGAGUGUAGCGACUCUGAAUUCGACCCCCAAUUCAAGCCUAUUAUCAGCCUGCCCGAGGUAGAAGUGAUCACAAAUGAAGAGAACGAAACGGUGCUGUUGAAAAUACGUGCCAAAUUGUAUCGUUUUGACUCGGCCAAUGACCCCCCAGAAUGGAAGGAAAGGGGAACAGGAGAAAUGAAAAUCCUGCGUAACAAUGACAAUAAUUCUGUACGUGUAGUUAUGCGCCGGGAUAAAACCUUGAAAGUAUGUGCUAAUCAUUUCAUCACACCCUGGAUGGAGCUGAAAUCUAGUACAAGCAGUGAAAAAGCUUUCAUUUAUACUGUCCUGGCUGAUUUUGCUGAUGAGAAGCCAAAGUCAGAAUGUUUUGCAGUCAAGUUUCCUACAAUUGACAAUGCAAAGCUGUUCAAAACCAAAUUUGAGGAAGCAAAGCACAUUGUGUUGACAGAGUGUGAUCUCUACAAUGGCAAUGACGACAAAGAGAAUGCUUUGAACUCUACGUUUGAAAACGAACUGAAUGCAACAAUUGAAAAAAGCGAGGACGAGGAUUACAAUCCCAACGAAAAAUCCUCAAAGGAAGAACGGGAUAACGAAAAAUCUGGGAAGAAUGAAAAGGAAUGCGAGGAAGUAACGCAGAAAAUUAGCGAGUUAAACGUCUCCAAGGAGGAAAAGUAAUAUUUUUUUCAUGAAUGUGUGAAAGAGAAUGAUUGUUUUUUUUUGCAUUUUUAGGUUGAGUGGGAGCGCGAUCACCCCAUGUUCUUAUAUCUGACUGAGUGUGCAUGAUUUGCUGUAAUGCAUUGAAUACAUUGAUGUUUAGGUGCACAUAUGUUCAGCUUAAAUGUUAUGUAAAUUUUUGGAGCAAAUCUAAUACUUGUGAAUUGAUAUUUUUUAUGUAUAAAGUAACCAUUUAUAAGUGUACUUUGAUUUUUGGGUGUUGAAGCUGCAUGUAAAGGUAAACACAAGAUUUAUUUUUCUUGAGCGAAAAUACGACUUGAAUUAAAUCAUGCUAAAGUAUACUCCAAAGUGUAAAAGCUGGCUUUUUGAGAUCAAGUCAAUCAGGAAGUAGCUCGUGAAGGAUUGAUAGAACUUUUUUAAAAAAAUAUGGACAAAAUCACAGCUAUAGACCUAUUGUUGACAACUUUAACUACAAUAAAAUGUUUUCAUGAAAAAUGUUUUUGUUCUUAGCACGAGAAGAUAUCCAAGUAUCUUAUACAGACAUAAGUUUAAGUCUAUGCAAUUGAAAGGUAAAUCUCUUUGAUGUUCAAAAUAAAGAACAAGCCAACGUCACUGGAAUACCAAACCUGCUUUUCCCAAGUAUGCCAACAUAUACAUCAUAUCUUCAUAACUUUCAUCAUAUGUGUGUGAUAGCUCAGAAGCACUAAGAAAUAUUGGCUGUUAAAACAAAUGCUUUCAAAUCAUGUGAUCGUAAAAAUAUCUCAAUUGUGUUGCUCAAUAUUCUCGCAUGUGUUUGAAAUUGUUUUAUAUUUGUGGUCAAUUUUUUACGUAUUAAUUGUAUAAUUUUGCAGUAUAUAAACGAGAGAUUAUCCAUCAAACUGCAUAACCAUAAAUUCAGGGUGUACAAUUAUUAUGUUUAAUAUGAAUAAAGGAACAGGUAAAGAUAUUAAAAGCAAUUUUAUAUGAAGCUUUUUUACAUUACAAAUUCAUAUAAAAUAUUAAACGUUAUCUACUGCAAAAUAAUUAUUGUGUAUUAUAUAUUACAACAUAUUGUAGUACUUUGCAAAAACAUUUUCGUGAACUUUUUUGUCAUGUAAAUUGUAAAUAAUGUUCAAUAUUGAUUAUUCAUUAUGCAAACAUACAAAUUACUUAACAAUAUUUGAAUUGUAUACCCGACUUAAACGACCGUACCAGUGUUAUACUCUCUCACCUGUUAGUUUGGAAUGUUAAAAUUAUAUAAAGAGAUUAAACAAUAGUGAUAGUAAGAAUGUCUGACUCCCAUUUGAGCAUAGACAGUUGCGUUUAUCUGGCUGUUUGAGUUUUUUGUUAGUAUGUGAGGAAAAUCUACAACGUUAGCAAUUAUUUAGCAGAAGCAUUCCUUUGAAAAGUAUAUUUUUGUAUUUUUGCAUUACAAGUAGCAUUCAUAGAGGUACAAUAUUUGACUAGUUGAAGUGAUAUAUUUUCUUGCUAAAACUAAAAUAUAGAUUUAAGGAUCUA